AUGCCGAUAACCACGCCCACAGAGGAAAAUUGUCAAUACUAUGGAAGGUUCAUGCACACGUUGAAACGGACGGAGGCUGAGGGCCUAUAUUGGGCAUUUUUCUUCCUCGUUUUGGCGGCCCUUUUCACGGCAUCUUGGAAGUAUGGCCGGGUAAUGGAAAGCAUCGAGCAUCUGAAUGUUGAGAGCCGCGAACGACAACGGCGCCUGAGGUGGAUAUUUUGGUACUGCUUUAUCACUGGCGUCGUCGGGAUGACAAUCGUUGUGCUCGAAGCCUUUGUCAUCAACACACUACAAUUCUGCGACGGAGAGCCACUGAUCAGUCUCUACUGGUCGUUGUGGACAAUGAUUCAGGUCGGAGGUAUCAUCGCCGUUUGGGGCAUCUGUCUUCAUGUCCGCCAUAUGGUCACUGGAAAGAAGCAUCCACCAUGGGCACUCGCUCUCGGGACACCGGUGCUCGUGGUUGCGGGCUUGGGCCACUACUUUCAGGGCAAGCUCAAGAGAUCGAAAGCGGCCCGGAGUAUCAGGGGCCGAAGCCGUAGCCGCAAGCCGACAGACAGAGGGCGUCCCGAGGCUCUGAGUGAGGUACCUACAAUCAGGGGUGACAGCACCGACUCCAAGGCCAGAUCGAAUGACGGAGACAGCCCGACAGUCUGUGGAGACUGUAAUGACGAUUUCAAUGCCAAAGUCAUUGGUUACACUAAGGACGGCGACGUGAUUAUCAGGCUCUCAUCCAACGUCCGUCAAGAGUUCAUGACACGCGCCCUGAGCAGCAGUGGCAUCACUUGGGAUGAGCCAAUUAGACCCUCAACGUCCAAAGAGGCCGAUAUCCGCAGGCAGGACAGCAUAAGCAGAGGACGAUCAAUGACCCGUGCUCCCUCCAAGGGCAAAGAGAGAGAGGACUUGUCUGCCUUCGACUACGAUGAGAAAGACGACAUUCCCGCUGCCGAUGUUGACCCUGAGAAGGCAGUGGGCAUGGCUGUCUAG